UGCACACACAACCAUCAGACAGGAGAACACAAGGGAGCUCACCACAAUCAUCAAGACCAGGAGAAACAGCCAAACUUCAUCCCUCAAACCUUCCUAAGAUGAAGACAUUCAGUGUUGCCGUUGCAGUGGCCGUGCUGCUCACAUUUAUCUGUCUUCAUCAGAGCUCUGCUGUCCCACUCACUGAAGAGCAGGAGCUGGAGGAGCCAAUGAGCAUUGAAUAUCCAGCAGCAGCACAUGAGGAGGCAUCAGUGGACUCAUGGAAGAUGCUGUAUAACAGCAGACAGAAGCGCGGCAUCAAGUGUCGCUUUUGCUGUGGCUGCUGCAACCCCGGUGUGUGUGGAGUUUGCUGCAGAUUCUGAGGAUUCCUGCUCCAACAACCACUAAAUAUUAACUUGUUAACCUUUUC